CAAUUAUAAUUUAUUAAAAAGAUGGCUUAUACAGCAGCAAGAUUAUUUUCAACGUAAUGAUUUGAAAUAAGAUUAGAGUUGUUACUUAAACAUUUUUUAGGGAUAUAUAAGUUAUUGGAUAAGAAAACAUUCCAAAAGUAAAUUCUUAAAAAUUACAUAGACAGGAUGGUCCAUUAUUGUUGUUUGGAAAUCAUAAUAAUCAAUUUAUUGAUCCAUUAGUACUAAUAUUAAUAAAAGAAAGCUUAUUAUAUCAAAUAUUCCAAGGAAGGUUCAUUUUAUAGCAGCUGCUAAAGUGAUUCAAUAAUGUUAAUUUAAUAGAGCAUGAAAAGGCCAAUUAUAGGACACUUAGGAAAAGCUUUAGGAGGAAUCCCGGUUGAAAGACCAUAAGAUUUAGCAAAACGAGGUUUUGGAACCAUCUAAAAGAUUGAUGGAAAUAUUGUAUAUGGUUUAAGAACAGAAUUUAAAUCAUAAUGCAAAGUUAAUGAUAUAUUAGUAGCAGUAAUAAAUUAAAAUGAGUAUAGAAUGAAUAAGAAUUUCAGAUAAUCGAAGUGAUAAAUGAUACUUAGUUAAAAAUAAAUAACAAUGGUUAAUUAGAUUCUCCAAUUAGAAAUCUUUAGUAUAAGAUACAACCUAAGAUUGAUUAAUCAAAUAUGUUUGAAUAAGUUUGGAUUGAAUUAUCAAAGGGAGCUUGUAUAGGAAUAUUUCCAGAAGGAGGUAGUCAUGAUUAAACAAGAUUAUUACCAUUGAAACCAGGAAUAUGUAUAAUGGCAUUAGGAGCAAGCUAGAAAUUUAAUACAAAAGUUAAACUUUAACCUGUUGGAUUAAAUUAUUUUAAAGGACAUAAAUUUCGAUCAAAAGUAAUCAUUGAAUUCGGAGUACCUUAUGAAGUAAGUUAAGAAUUAAUAGAUUUAUAUGCAAAAAAUAAAAGAGAAGCUAUUAGCAAUCUACUUUAUGAAAUUGAAAGUGUAAUUACUUUAUAAAAUAUUAAAAUUAGUAAUUGAAAACUGUAACAAUAUAAGCUCCUACAUAUUCAGAUCUAUCUGCUGUAAUGAUUGUAAGAUCUCUUUAUUUGCCUGAUAAAGCAAGACUUUCACCUUAAGAUAAUUUAGAAUUAGUAAAAAGGUAAUUGUUCUUUUUAUAAUAAGAUUCUCCUCUGCCUUUUAUAAAUUAGAAAAUCACCCAGAAGUUAAGGAAGUAGUAAGUUAGGUGAAAAUGUACAAUUAUAAAUUGAAAGCACUUGGUGUCUAUGAUUAUUAAGUUAUGAGAAUGGAAAAGAAUACUAUUAUGGAUAUAUAUAAAAUAGCCUUUAAUUUAUUUAUGGCUAUGCUCAGUUUAUCUUUUGCAUUGCCUGGUUAUAUUAUGACGAUUCCUAUUUCUCUUUUAUUAAAUACAUAUACAGAAAGAGAAAGAUAAAAGGCUUUAGCCAAUUCUAAAGUGAAGUUAAGUGGAAAGGAUGUAAUUGCAUCUUAUAAAAUUUUGGCUUCAAUAAUGAUUGUUCCAGCAGCUAUUGCUAUAUAUACUAUUCUAUUUCAUUUUGCUUUAAAGAAAUGGAACUUUAUUAGCAAACAAAAAUAAUUGAAAUUAACUAUAAUAUUCUUUUUACUCUGGCCUUUAUAUAUAACUGCAAUGAUUAGAUCAAAUGAUGGAUUAAUAAGACAUUCAAGAAAAGUUAAAAGUCAAAUCUUAUUUCUUUUGUAUUAGAGUAAAUAUAGAAAACUUAAAAGGUAGAGAGAAUAACUUUAAGAUAAAGUAUUAUUCUUCAAUAUUAUUAAGAUUCGAAAAAUGGUUGAUAUGUUAGGUGAAAAUGUAGUAGCUGAUUUUACAAAAAAAAGAGUAUUCUCUUUUGAUGCUAAAAAAGAUAAACUAGAUAUUGAUAAUGUUUUUUGUUCUUUAGAAGAACUUGGAAUCUGA